AUGACCUCUGAGACUUUUGAUCAAGAAGAAUCUCUUAAAAUCGCUCUGCGUAACUCCGAGUCGGCAAGAGAAACUUCUGAGUUCGCUAGAGAGGGGCUCCAACAGGAAUUUAACCGACUGCGUCAAGACUUCGACGAAGCAAACCAAGAAAUCGUCCGACUGAACGGUGAGCUAGCACAACGCGUAGCCAGAGAAGAUGUCGAGAAGAAGACAGUCAAGCGCAAAGUCGAUGUGCUUGAGAGCCAUGUAAGUCGACUUGAGAAGAAGAGGAAGCCACAAACCACGAAUCAGAACAACGGUCCACAACUUAUGACCCCUGUUGGACGGUCACAACAGAUUGGACCUUCGAAUCUCCCCACCAAAUCAAUGAGUUUGGGAGAUGAGUCCAACGCCGUCAUCAAAAAGGAUGCGAGUUUGCAAACAUCUGCCGAAAAGAUUAGAUCGACAUCAAAGGCUAAUUACAACACAACCUUCUUCGUGGACCCAAAUCCAAAGGCCGUCAGUGAUGUUUCGAAGCCGGAGACUGCCGGCGAAUCGAGUCCAGCAAAAUCGAGUCCAGCGAGUACACAAACCCGGGCUCCCUCGAGUGCCAAUCACCGAAAACCCCGUGGCCCAUCUGGAGAGCAAGAGACGGGAUCGCAGACAGCGUCACGAGAACAGCGAGGAAAGCGCUGGUGCUGUCACCGUUGA